UAAAGUUCUUCGUUUCGGCUUAAACUUUUUCCCUCUUCUGUUGAUCUACUCUCUCCUCUUCUUUCAUCAAAUGGCAUAAAUCCUGUGAGUCUCAAAAUAGUAAAUAUAUCAAAUCAAUCAAUUUUUUUAGGGUUUUCUUCAAUCCUCUCGAUUCGUAUUCUACAUAUCUAGGGUUUUUCACAAAAUCUGAUAUCUCUAUUAUCCAAAGAUGAGUACACCAAAGAAAAGGAAUUUUCAGAUUGAAGCUUUUAAACAUCGAGUGGUAGUUGAUCCUAAAUAUGCAGAAAAAACGUGGAAAAUAUUGGAACAUGCAAUUCGCGAGAUUUAUAAUCAUAACGCCAGUGGAUUAAGUUUCGAAGAACUUUAUAGAAAUGCGUACAAUAUGGUACUACAUAAGUUUGGCGACAAGCUGUACACAGGACUUGUGACAACUAUGACAAUGCAUCUAAAAGAAAUAUCAAAAACAAUAGAAGCCGCCCAGGGAGGUUUAUUUCUAGAUGAGCUCAACAGGAAAUGGGAAGACCAUAAUAAGGCACUGCAGAUGAUCCGGGACAUAUUGAUGUACAUGGAUAGGACUUUCAUUCCCAGUACACACAAAACCCCAGUGCACGAUCUUGGCUUACACCUCUGGAGGGACAACAUUAUCCACUCAAAGAAAAUCCAAACGAGACUUCUGAAUACCCUUCUUGAGCUUGUGCAAAGAGAACGAACUGGUGAAGUUAUAAACCGAGGGUUAAUGAGGAAUAUAACAAAGAUGCUAAUGGACUUGGGUUCAUCCGUUUACCAAGAAGACUUUGAAAAACUAUUUCUUGAGGUUUCUGCAAAUUUCUACAGUGUAGAGUCUCAGCAGUUCAUCGAGUCGUGUGAUUGCGGGGAUUACCUAAAGAAGGCCGAGAGGCGUCUCAACGAAGAAGUAGAUAGGGUUUCUCACUAUUUGGAUGCAAAGAGUUUAACUAAGAUUACUAAUGUGGUAGAGAAAGAAAUGAUUGCCAAUCACAUGCUUAGAUUAGUACACAUGGAAAAUUCUGGCUUAGUGAAAAUGCUUGUGAAUGAUAAGUAUGAGGACUUGGGAAGAAUGUACACCUUAUUUCGUCGGGUACCCGAUGGUCUUUCAACUAUCAGAGAUGUGAUGACUUCCCACAUUCGAGAAACGGGUAAACAGUUAGUCACUGAUCCAGAGAGAUUGAAAGAUCCAGUGGAUUUUGUUCAGCGUCUCUUGGAUGAAAAGGAUAAACAUGACAAAAUUAUUAGCUCUGCCUUUAACAAUGACAAGACCUUCCAAAAUGGUUUGAAUUCCGCAUUUGAGUUCUUCAUAAAUUUGAAUCCUCGAUCUCCUGAAUUCAUCUCCUUGUUUGUUGAUGACAAACUGCGCAAGGGAUUGAAAGGUGUGAGUGAAGAGGAUGUUGAAGUUGUCUUAGACAAGGUGAUGAUGCUCUUCCGCUACCUACAGGAGAAAGAUGUUUUUGAGAAGUACUACAAGCAACAUCUAGCCAAACGACUUCUCUCGGGAAAAACUGUCUCUGAUGAUGCUGAGAGAAGUUUGAUAGUUAAACUCAAGACAGAAUGUGGUUAUCAGUUUACUUCAAAACUAGAAGGAAUGUUCACAGACAUGAAAACCUCUCAUGACACUAUGCAAGGAUUUUAUGCAAGCCAGGGUGGGGAGACUACUGCGGAUACUCCUACCUUAGCUGUUCAGGUCCUCACAACAGGAUCAUGGCCAACUCAGUCAAGUUCCACUUGUAAUCUACCAGCUGAAAUUAUGGGGGUAUGUGAGAAGUUCAGGGCAUAUUAUCUUGGAACUCACACCGGUCGAAGAUUAUCAUGGCAAACAAAUAUGGGAUCAGCUGAUCUUAAAGCAACUUUUGGGAAAGCUCAGAAGCAUGAGCUGAAUGUUUCCACUUACCAAAUGUGUGUCCUAAUGCUGUUUAACAAUGCUGAUCGACUGAGCUACAAGGAAAUUGAACAGGCCACUGAAAUACCGUCCUCUGAUUUGAAGAGGUGUUUGCAGUCACUUGCUUGUGUGAAGGGAAGAAAUGUCCUCAGAAAGGAACCUAUGAGCAAGGACAUUGGAGAGAAUGAUGCAUUCUAUUUUAAUGAUAAGUUCACUAGCAAAUUCUACAAGGUGAAGAUAGGAACAGUGGUUGCACAGAAGGAGUCAGAACCGGAGAAGCUAGAGACACGACAAAGAGUGGAGGAAGAUAGGAAACCCCAGAUUGAAGCUGCGAUUGUCAGGAUCAUGAAGUCAAGGAGAGUUCUGGAUCAUAAUAACAUUGUGGCCGAGGUCACUAAGCAGUUGCAGUCCCGGUUCCUGCCUAACCCCGUCGUAAUUAAGAAACGAAUCGAGUCUCUUAUUGAGCGGGAGUUCCUGGAGAGGGACAAAGUAGAUAGGAAAACAUAUCGAUAUCUAGCUUGAAAACACGACUAAUGCUUUCUUUUGCAGGUUUUGGAAUUGUAUCCAUUAUUUGGUAGGUAAGAAAGAAUACUCCUAACGAGGAUUUCACUGAAUAUUUUUAUUUUCUACAUCUUCUCCAUCAGCUAUCUGUCAAUUCUAAGUUCUGUUUACUUGUAUGAUUCCAACCAUUUUCUUUUGUUCACUUUCCGAUAAUCUGCAAACAUGUGUUCUACUUGCUAGCUAUAUUACUCAGUUUUAGAUGGGUCGCUCUCAACCAAGCUUAAUUGCAAAUGAAAAUGUCCUUGUUAAUGAUAUAAUUGUAAUGGGAGUGAACAAGUAAAUAGUGUUAUUACUGCCUUGUUCUUUGGAACUGAACCGAGAGACUCGGGAUUCAGACUA